AUGGAAGCAGAGCUAUCCUACAUGUCGUACGCGGAGAUUGCCCAAUCGGUCAAAUCCACCCAGCUCGAACUCGCGUAUGAGCGCUCGUUACGUGAAGCAGAACGAAUCUACGAAGAAGAGCGUGUACGUGCAUUAAAUGUGCAACUGCUUCUGUUCGAGGACGAAAAUGAUAGCCUUCAAGAACACGCGGCCCAGAACGAAGACCACCAAGCCUCUCUGGAGGAGACAAAUGAAGAGCUGCGGGUACAUGUUUCUGAGGUCGAGGCCGAAUUGCGGCAGACACAAAUGGACUUGAGAGCUCGUCAACGCGAUUUGGAUCACCUGAAGGCAGAAGUCCAUGCCUUGAAUGCCGCAAGCGCCGAUGCUACUAAAAUCCUGUCGGAAAAAUUGGCAUUGGCGCGGGAGCUGAAUACACUCAAGCCUGAACUGGAACACCUGAAAUCACAAACAUGCACCCACCAAAAACUGCUUUCUGAGAAGCUGGCGUUGCAGCGAGAAUUGAGUUCAAUUCAAGUCGAACUUGAGACCGAGAAAAGAACGGUCCAGCGUAUCAAGACACAAGAGAAGGCUUCGGCGCGUGAAGAGUCCGCUUUGACCACCGAGAUCGAGGAACUGAAGAAAGAGCUUGCUAAAUCACACCGCGAGGCGCAAAAGAGCGACCGUGAGAACCGAAAGAGGGCGGCGGAGUGGGAAGCCGAGAAAGAAGUUCUUGAAGGAAAGCUUGAUGCAUUCCGCAACAAAUUGCGUUCGACAAAGGAUCAGCUGACGGAAGCUCACGAGGAAAUCGAGAAACUGCAGGCCUCCCAGAUGGCUCAAUCAGCCGAGAUGACCAAGGCCAGACUCAGUGGCGCUACUGUAGCUAAUUCCAAGAAAAGGAAUGUGGCCAGGUUCGACCCGGAUAUGACUAUUGGUACCCCCGGACAGCGUGGACCUGUGGCGAAGAAACAGCGCGUCUCGGUCAAUGUGGGGGAUAAGUCAACCUUUUCCAUCACACCAUUCUUGAACCGCACCCUCAGCAUAUUGCCGGAAUCCCCCGGGGGGGAAGAGGUCGAGCCCCAGAAGAAAGUCGUGAAGAAGGGAAAACAGCAGCGCGAUGAGGCUGUGGGGGAUGCCGAUGCCGAUGCAGCAGCCGCGCCAAAAGUCAAAGCAAUUAAAUCCAAGUUGGAGAAGCCUUCCAUCGCAAAGAAAUCAACGGCCGUGGCGACCAAGACGAAGACCUCUCAGCCUCUCAAGGAAAGUACACCCUCAAAAGCAAACACAGUCGUCACGAAACCACCACUUUCUAAACUGGUGGAAGAAGGCUCCAAUAUGGAAAGUGACCGAGAUGAUGCAGGCGCCCAUGUGAACGAGAAUGAUGACAAGGAAACCACAGGACAGACGGAAAAUACUGAAACCGCGAAUCAGGACACAACCGAACCAGCAAAGCGGACAAGUAUCUUUGACGAUGCCCCCGCGUCGAAGGUUAGGGGUCUGGGACGUGGCGCAGCCAGCGUGAUGGGACGUAUCAACUUGAAGGCAAAGCCCGUUGGCAAAGGGAAACCGUUGACGGAGUUUUCACCUCUUAAGAAGGACCGGAGGACUGCAAGUAUUCUUGAAUAA